AUGGCCACUCCAUCAAAGCUUCCUUCUCAUCAUCAGGAUUUAAUUCCAACUAUUGGUCAAUGUCCAGUGAUGAAAGGAGAGGAAGGCUCAUCAUCUGAAGAGGGUUCUUCAUCUUCUGCUUUGAAAUGUCCUUAUCAAGCUACUUCAAAUAAUAAUGAUAGAAGUUUGAAGGCUUCCGAUUUUAAAUGUUCUCGAUGCAAUGCCUAUUUGGUUGGCUGUAUGUCUUCAAAGAAUGAGUCAGUGUGUAAAUUCUGUUUUAAAAUGUUUGUUGAGGAAAAGGAUGGAUAUGAGAGUGAUUCGUUCAAACAACACUUGACUGAUAGUUACGUUGAAAUAUUAUUUGAGAGAAAUGAUCCAAAUAUUUCAACCUAUUCGGAGGAAGAGUUUAAAAUUAAAAAGAUUGAACACUAUAUUAAUUUAGCUCAACAGGAAUAUUUAUUGAACAAGUAUUGUGAUAUGAAUUGGAUGGAGAAGGCAAGAGAAAUUGCAUUGAAGGAAAUUUGCUUCAAGAGUUUAUCCGAAUCGAAUAUUUCUGCUGGACUGGCUGUUAUGUUUUGUGGAAUUUCUGGAAAAUUAAGUGAUAUUUACCAAAAUCAUUCAGUGGACUUGGAAAAAGUGAAGAAUAUGCUUAAAGAAACUGUAUCCAUGAUGGAGGAUGUUGCCAAAUAUCAAACAUUUGACAGGGAAAUUAUGGAUGCGCUAGCAGUGACGAUAAUCAAAUUGGGAGAUGUUCACUUGUACAAACUAAAGAAUUAUGAUACUGCCAUGGAAAUUUAUCAAAGAAUUCUUACUGAACACUCAAAUAAUUUAGAGAGCUCCAUUAUUGCCAAUGCCAAAAUUGGAGAUUUACAUCUUGUAAAUAAUAGAGCUGCCGAGGCACACAAGCAAUAUCAAACUGCCCUCGAACUCAUUCAGAAAUUAAUGGAAGAAACUGGUGUCAAUUCACAUCCUCUUCUCAAGUGGGUCGAAAUCAAAUUGAAAAAGACUUCAAUGAUGAUCUAAUUUUCAAAUAUAAAGAUUAUCAUG